CCACGCGCCCCGCGGGGACUACAACUCCCGGCAGGCCUCGGGCACCGGGGCGGAAACGCCCCGUUUCCCAUCAUGCCCCGCGGUACCGAGGCGGAAGUGGCUGUACCUCCCGUCCCCAGGAACUACAUUUCCCGUCGUGCCCCGCGCACGACACUGGAAAUCCAGAGCCGCCCGCGCCGAGGCAGCUCCUGCCCCGGUCCUUGAUCCCAAAUCCCGAUCCCUGAUCCCAAUCCCAGAAGUGGGCCUUCGUUUCCCCCACGGGACCGAGGAGGAAGUGUCUCUCCUUUUCAUGCUUGGAACUACGUUUCCCAUCAUGCCCCGCGCCCGGGACAGGAAAUCCGUCAUGGCCUCCGGAGCUGCCCGGGCCGAGGCCUCUCCGGCCCCGCCCCCGAUCGCGCUUUUGAUCGCGAUCCCUUUUCCCGAUCCCAAUCCUUGAUCCCAAUCCCCGAAGCAAAGCCCUCGUUUCCCCGCGGGACCGAGGCGGGAGUGCCUCUCCCUGCCAUCCCGGGAACUCCAUUUCCCAUCACACCCCGCGGUGCCGCGUCUCGGAACUCCAUUUCCCGUCGUGCCUCGCGCCCGGCACAGGAAAUCCGGCGCCGCCUGAGGAGCCGCCCGGGCCCUCAUCCCAAACCCCGCUCCCCAAUCCCCAAAUCCCAAAUCCCGGCCCCGCUCCCGGCCCGGCGGCCCCCCCGCCGCCAUGGGGUGCACGCUGAGCGCCGAGGACAAGGCGGCGGUGGAGCGGAGCAAAAUGAUCGACAGGAACCUCCGCGAGGACGGCGAGAAAGCGGCCAAGGAGGUGAAACUGCUGCUGCUCGGUGAGCACGCGGGGGGAAUGGGGGGAUCUGGGGGGGCAAUGGGGGUCUCCAGCCUGAGGAAGGGGUUUGUGGAGGGAGAAACUCGGGACGAUGCCCGGCAGCUGUUUGUGCUGGCGGGCAGUGCCGAGGAGGGGACGCUGACGGCCGAGCUCUCCGCGCUCAUCCAGCGCCUCUGGAGCGAUCCCGGCGUGCAGGCCUGCUUCAGCAGAUCCCGGGAAUACCAGCUCAACGACUCCGCCGCAUAUUACCUGAACGACCUGGAGCGCAUCUCCCAGCACAGCUACAUCCCCACCCAGCAGGACGUGCUCCGGACCAGGGUGAAAACCACGGGAAUUGUGGAGACUCACUUCACCUUCAAGGACCUGUACUUCAAGAUGUUCGAUGUGGGCGGGCAGAGGUCGGAGCGGAAGAAGUGGAUCCACUGCUUCGAGGGCGUCACGGCCAUCAUCUUCUGCGUGGCCCUCAGCGACUACGACCUGGUGCUGGCCGAGGACGAGGAGAUGAACCGGAUGCACGAGAGCAUGAAGCUCUUCGACAGCAUCUGCAACAACAAGUGGUUCACGGACACCUCCAUCAUCCUCUUCCUCAACAAGAAGGAUCUGUUCGAGGAGAAGAUCCGCCGGAGCCCCCUCACCAUCUGCUACCCCGAGUAUCCAGGCUCCCAGACGUACGAGGAGGCGGCCGCCUACAUCCAGAGCCAGUUCGAGGAGCUGAACCGGCGGCGGGACACGAAGGAGAUCUACACCCACUUCACCUGCGCCACCGACACCAAGAACGUGCAGUUUGUCUUUGACGCCGUCACCGACGUCAUCAUCAAGAACAACCUCAAGGAGUGCGGCCUCUACUGAGGGACCCCCGGGAGCGCCCCGGGAAUGCCCCGGGAAUGCACCGGGAAUGUGCCCGGAACGGCCGCGGAACCGCGGGAACGCCGGGAGGCUCCGGCACAACAACCUUCCUUCCUGGGGACCUCGUGUUGGAGGGGACGUGGAUUUGGGGAAUGGGGGGUUUGGGAGUGGGGGCGGAGAUCACGGAAUGGAGGUGGAGCCUCCCGGCGUCGCUGGAUGGAGAGAUCUCCGUGGAUUCCAGCGGGAUUCCAGUGGGAUUCCAAGCAGAUUGCAGCCCAAUUCCAGCCUGAUUCCACUGGGAUUCCAGCCCUUGGAUUCCAGUGGGAUUCCAGCCUGAUUCCAGUGGGAUUCCAGCCAGACUCCAGCCUGAUUCCAGCCCAAUUCCAGCCUGAUUCCAGCGAGAUUCCAGUGAGAUACCAGCCUGAUUCCAGUGGGAUUCCAGCCAGACUCCAGCCUGAUUCCAGCCCUUGGAUUCCAGCCUGAUUCCAGUGGGAUUCCAACCAGCUUCCAGCCCUUGGAUUCCAGUGGGAUUCCAGUGAGAUUCCAAACAGAUUGCAGCCUGAUUCUGGCCAGAUUCCACAUAGAUUCCAACCCUUGGAUUCCAGCUGGAUUCCAGUGGGAUUCCAACCUGACUCCAGUGGGAUUCCAACCAGAUUCCAGCCCUUGGAUUCCAACGGGAUUCCAGCCCAAUUCCAGCAUGAUUCCAGCAGGAUUCCAGUGGGAUUCCAGCCUGAUUCUAGUGGGAUUCCAACCAUCCCAACCAUUCCCAACCAAUUCAGCCCUUGGAUUCCAACCCAAUUCCAGCCCAAUUCCAAGCAGAUUGCAGCCCUUGGAUUCCAGCCUGGUUCAAGCCCAAUUCCAGCCUCAUUCCAGCUGAAUUCCAGCCUCAUUCCAGCCCUUGGCUCUGUAGCUCCCUCUUCCUUCGUUACCAACCCCCAUUAUUCCAUUUUUAAGGUUAUUUUGGGUGUUUUUAUUCCAGGCAGGAAACUGUCCCUUCCCUCCCCUUUGUUCCUCUCAGCCUUGGGUUCAAAAUAAUUAAAAUAAUAAAAAAAAAAGAGAAUAA